UGGUUCGGACGCACAGAAUUAUACAGUGGGAAAUAGAGAGAGAGAGAGAGAGAGAGAGAGAGAGAGAGAGGGAGGGAGGGAGAGAGAGAGAGCUAUGGCUUCCCCUCCGGUGAAUUCUUUACCUAUAGCGUAUCAGGCAUGGACGAGUCUCGCCGUACCGGACUGGCUGAACAAAGGGGACAACGCGUGGCAGAUGAUCUCGGCGACUCUGGUAGGUAUUCAGAGCAUGCCGGGGCUUGUGAUUCUGUACGGAAGCAUAGUGAAGAAGAAGUGGGCCGUCAACUCUGCUUUCAUGGCUCUCUACGCCUUCGCCGCCGUCAGCAUAUGCUGGGUCACGUGGGCCUACAAGAUGUCCUUCGGCGACAAGCUCUUGCCCUUCUGGGGGAAGGCCGGGCCGGCGUUGGGCCAGAAGUUUCUCAUCAGCCAGGCCGCCCUGCCGGCGACGCCGCAUUACUACAAGAACGGGCAGCCGGAGACGCCGGAGGUAGAGCCGUUCUACCCCAUGGCGACCAUGGUGUGGUUUCAGUGCGUGUUCGCCGCCAUCGCGGUGGUUCUGCUGGCCGGAUCGGUGCUGGCGAGGAUGAACUUCAAGGCGUGGAUGAUGUUCGUACCGUUGUGGCUAACGUUCUCCUACACCGUCGGAGCUUUCAGCUUGUGGGGCGGUGGGUUCUUGUUUCACUGGGGCGUUAUUGACUACUCCGGCGGCUACGUCAUUCACCUUUCUUCUGGGAUUGCCGGUUUCACCGCUGCUUAUUGGGUGGGACCGAGGUCGAAGAAGGACAGAGAGAGGUUUCCGCCGAACAAUGUGUUGCUGACGCUAGCAGGGGCGGGGCUGCUGUGGUUGGGAUGGGCUGGCUUCAACGGCGGCGAUCCCUACUCGGCAAACACCGACUCUUCCAUGGCGGUGCUCAACACCAACAUCUGCGCCGCCACCAGUCUGCUGGUGUGGACGUGCCUUGACGUCAUCUUCUUCAAGAAACCCUCCGUCAUCGGAGCCGUCCAGGGCAUGAUCACCGGUCUCGUCUGCAUCACUCCCGGCGCCGGUCUGGUUCAAGGAUGGGCAGCCAUAGUUAUGGGAAUAUUAUCAGGUAGCGUACCAUGGCUCAGUAUGAUGGUAUUAGGCAAGAAACUCAAGAUCUUCCAAAUGGUCGAUGACACUCUCGCCGUCUUCCACACCCAUGCCGUCGCCGGACUUCUCGGCGGCAUCCUCACUGGCCUCUUCGCCGAGCCUCGCCUCAGCGCUCUCUUCCUUCCCGUCACCAACUCCAAAGGCGGCGUGUACGGCGGCUCCGGCGGAGUCCAAAUCCUCAAACAAAUCGUGGGAGGGCUGUUCAUCAUAGGAUGGAACCUGGUGGCGACAUCCAUCAUUUGUGUCGUCAUACGUUUCAUAAUUCCUCUGAGGAUGUCGGAGGAGGAAUUGCAGAUCGGCGACGACGCCGUUCACGGAGAAGAAGCUUAUGCGUUGUGGGGUGAUGGAGAGAAGCUGAGUAUAUAUUCUGACGAUACCACUCACCAUGGAAUUUUAGCAUCUAGUGGUGCCACUCAAGUCCUCUGACGUAGCUUAGCUGAAUCAUGAAAUAGGUAACGCAGA